UAGAACGAUGUUUCUGAAAAGGAACAAAGAUGGGGUUCAAAAACGGUACCGGGUUCUGGAAGGCAGGCAUAUAUCGAUAUGAACACUCUUCGCGAGGAAGUCAAACAAGCCGAUCAACAGAACAAACUGAAAACUGCCCCAAAACCGUCUUAUGGCUAUGGAGGGAAGUUUGGUGUGGAACGGGAUCGAAUGGACAAGUCUGCAGUUGGUCAUGAUCACGUCGAAGUGGUGGAAAAGCAUGCAUCUCAGAAAGAUCAUAAGCUUGGUUUUGGCGGAAAGUUUGGUGUUCAGGCUGAUCGACAGGACAAGUCUGCAGUAGGUUGGGAUCACCGAGAACAAACUGCUGCCCAUCCGUCUCAGACGGACUACGCCAAGGGAUUCGGUGGUAAAUACGGUGUACAGACUGAUCGAAUGGAUACGACAGCUGGAGCAGAUCAAUCAAAAGACACCAUGCAGCUACACCCUUCUCAAAUGAGACCCGAGGUUCGCGGACAAGCUGGUGGGAUAUCCGCUUUGAGAUCGCAGUUUGAAUAUAAGGGGCAAACAGCAGCCUCGCCUGCCUCGUGUGGGCCUACUGCAGCGCAGAUACGCAUGUCCGAAGAACGGGCUCGUUGGGAAGCGGAACGAAGCAAAGCUGCGGCGAAUGCUCCCCCAAGCCCACCAGAACCACAGCCAACUCAUGAACCUCAACGGGCAUCAGUCCAGGAACCCACACCAGAGGUGUAUCCAGAAUCCGAACAAGAGCCUGCUGUUGAAACCACAACAUAUCCCGCGGAGCACGUAGACCAGCCAACUCAUGAACCUCAACGGGCAUCAGUCCAGGAACCCACACCAGAGGUGUAUCCAGAAUCCGAACAAGAGCCUGCUGUUGAAACCACAACAUAUCCCACGGAGCACGUAGACCAGGUUUCCGAAUUGUCGGGAUCCGAUGCUCUCACACAGUGUACAGUUGUCGCACUGUACGAUUAUACUGCAGAGGAGGCUGAUGAGCUCACCUUUUCGGUCGGUGAACUCAUCACAGAAGUUGAAUUGAAAGAUUCUGGAUGGUGGAAAGGAGUUUGCCGUGAUAAAGUUGGUCUCUUCCCUUCCAAUUAUGUUCAAGAGCAAUAGCAAGGACGUGCAUGCUCUACUGACGCCAUAUUGACCUGCUUUCUACUUUUUAUUAUUUUCGCUACUUGCCUUACUCCAUUUCGCAUGUCUUUUCUACGAUUAAAAUGAAUGUCACUUGACCUGCUCACGAUAAAAAAUCUUUUUUCUAUAAGUGAUCAAUAUAUAAAACAUUACCUGAUG